CCUCCCUCCAGACAAUUAUCACAUUUUUUCGACAAACUUUGAGAUCCAUUCAGCUCUGCCAGAUGCCCGUGGAGGUAGUUAUCGAAAGGAGUUGGUGCUGUUAAGUGCAAAAAAAUUACAAAUUCUCAAAUUCUUCAAAGAAAAAUACAUAAAAGUGAUAAAAAUUCUUCAUACAAAAAUUUAAAGUGUUAAAAAAAAAUUAAUAAAACAGCUAUUGUUAUGAAUGAACGUAAUAUCAAUAAUACUCAAAAUGAAAUUCAACGUGCAGAUUCUGAGAAUUACGUCUCUAAACUUCGAAUGGUUCUACCCCAGAUAAUUGCAGUGGGUGUUAAAAAUAUCCUCUUAUUUGGGUACGGUAUGACCCUUGGAUUUCCCACCAUAGUCAUCCCAGCUAUUCAAGGUGGUGAAGGACGCGAAACAACGCAAGAUUCGCGACUUUUACUAAAUAAAGAUGAAAUUUCUUGGUUUAGUUCAAUCAAUUUAAUUUGCGUCCCAUUGGGAUGUAUAUUUUCUGGAAGUAUUACUCAACCAAUUGGACGAAGACGUGCUAUGCAGCUGGUUAAUGCUCCAAUACUGGUUGCAUGGUUAAUCUUUUACUUUUCUUCCGAAGUCUAUCAUUUGUAUAUUGGAUUGUGCCUUGCGGGAGUCAGUGGGGGUCUCCUUGAGGCUCCUGUGCUGACUUAUGUGGCUGAAAUUACACAGCCACAGGUGCGAGGGAUGUUGGCAGCUAGUGGGUCAUUCUUUACAAUCCUCGGAGUCUUCACGCAAUUCCUUUUGGGGACUUUCUUCAAAUGGCGCUUUAUUGCUCUUCUCAGUUGCUCCAUCCCAAUAAUAUCGGUUGUGCUCUUAUUUCUCAUCCCUGAGAGCCCAUACUGGCUGAUUGGGAAGCACAGACUGAGCGAGGCUAAGAAAAGUUUAGCUUGGUUACGAGGAUGGGUUGCAGAGAGCAAGGUUGAUCAUGAAUUCAAGGAACUGUGUGAAAUCGCUAAAAAGCCAGAGAGUCGUGGUGAUGAAGAAGAUGGAAAUUAUGAGAGCUGCCUAACCAAGUACAAUGCAUACCUAAAGAGAACUUUCUUGUGGCCUUUUGCUCUUAUCUCAUAUACCUUCUUCAUUGGUCAUUUCUCCGGGAUGACGACGUUGCAAACUUAUGCUGUUCAGAUAUUUCAUACCCUCAAAGCACCAAUUGAUAAAUACUACGCAACUAUGCUACUGGGUGUAGCUGAACUCAUUGGGACCCUUCUAUGCGUUAUCCUUGUUCAUUUUACAGGUAAACGUCCGCUUGUCUUCCUAUCGGCUAUUGGUUGUGGAUUGUGCUUCCUGGCCACGGGGACUUACACACAUUUCCUGCACCUCAUUCCCGGGAAGACAAUUCGCAAUAUUGUGGCAAAUGUAUCGGAAAUUGAGAGUCAAAGUGUUGAGGAUUUAAUUGCAAUGAAUAUAUCAAUGCCUGAAGAAAUUUUCAAUGAUACAUCAAUGAUGGAUAGAUUUGACUAUGAACCACUCUAUGAGAUUCACGAAGACAAUGCAACUCUUGAUGGUUCUUCAAUGGCAGAAAUAAAUCUUCUAACGGACGCCAUGAGAUUUGUGCUGAAUGAAUCGGAUUAUGUGGAAGUUAAUGAGACUACAGCAACAGAUGAUGAAAAGCCCUAUCCCAUUCCUGAUAGUAUUAUUAUUCCCCUCCCAGAGCCAAAGCAUAAUAAGUAUUUGUGGAUACCACUGACUCUUCUUCUGGGAAGUGCUGUCCUUUCGCAUAUGGGUAUCCGUUUGAUCCCAUGGAUGCUCAUUGGGGAGAUCUAUCCGACAAAUGUGAGGAGUUGUGCUUCAGGAUUAUCCGGGGGAAUAGGGUACGUAUUUGGGUUUCUUGCGAAUAAACUCUUUCUCGAGAUGGUGGGAAAUUUCACGCUUUAUGGAACAUUUUGGAUAUAUUCCUUUGUGAGCUUGAGCGGAGCUCUUGCCUUGUACUUCUGCCUCCCAGAAACUGAGGGACGUACUUUGGCUGAAAUUGAAACAUUUUUCACCAAAUCCAAAAAAUCACCCACAAUCAGUGUCCCUGCAAUUGAACCCAGUCCACCCAAAACUCCUCCUCAAACCAGUAUACCACAGAGAACUCCUGACCAUCAAGUUAGGCAUUUUCAGUUGGACCUCUCAAAUUGGGAGAGUAAUAAAAUAUUUGAACAGCACACGGGGCUAAAGAAUCACUUUGAAAAUCCUUCGAAAAAUUUUCAUCAUGCAAAACCCAAGAGAUUGUACCAGCAUAGACAUCCUGUGAUGCAUCAUUCGCACCAUCCACAUCCCAAAUUUACACCGAAUCACCCAGAAGUCUACAAUACUCGACUAUAGAAGAAACAUUAAAAUAAAUCAAUUUGUAAAACUCUCAAUUCAAGAGAAGUUCAUUAAAAAGUUGUAACUAAUAUUUAAAUAAAAAAAUCUAACUA